AUGUCAGCUCGAUUCACCAUUCUCCCAAUCCGAGCGCGGCGAAACUGUUCGAGUUUAUUACCAUUGUUGACGUUCGGAACGACUGCAAAUCACAUCACCUCUGCAACUAUUGUCGAAAUUCGGAACGAUCGCGAAUCACUUCCUGUUUUCCAAGUUGCUAUGCUCAACAAUCAAGAAAAAGGCGUUGAUGCUCACGCUACCACUAGCAUUCAGCCACUUGUGCAAUCCCAGAACAGUCCGUCAAGAGGCUAUCACGAGUCGAAUAUAGACGAUGUUGCGACCUCAAAAUUCAAACAUCCGCUGCUCCUUACUUUACUCAGCGUGCGGCUCAAUGCAGUUCCGAACAAGUCCAGGGGUCCUGAUCAAAUAUUGCGAACGCCGAUCCGUCUUCUCAAACUCGCCUGCUCGGCCUCAUCCCCUCACCCCACUGCCUAA